GGUAUGUCUCCCUCAACGGCAAAAAAACGAUACACAAGACUCUCCUGUCAAAACAAGCAUCCCGCAGCACCCAAGGCAGCCCAAGGUAAAGUGUUCGCUUUGUGAUACCGUGGUUCCGUGUGUGCCGUAGAACAAUUGUAGUUUCCCGCAACGGAUUGCAGCUCGCAGACCCCGGGCAACCAGAGACAUAGUUGGGCUAGCUAGGGAGGGGAAAGAACAACACACACGACGCAUAAAGCCCAGCCCUUCGCAAAGAUUCUAACAAAAAGCAAAAGUAGUUGGCGAAGAAAGUUGGCGCAGCAGGCCAAAUAGCUGGACGCGCUCCAGCCAGGAUAAAGUGAAGGUUCGUUCUUAAGUCCAGCAGCCACUGGGGGUGCUCUCCGUCCAAACUGUCGCAGCGCAGCGAACGCGAGCUUGAAACCAUCGCUCACGCGGUACGAAAUGCAGCUCCUCUCGACCGGGCUGCUGCUGGACUGCUGUUGGUCGAGCUAAACGCGCAAUUAAAUCGCACCCGUCCCCGAUCCGCCACAAGUACGGGUCGGCCGCAACAAGCCCUACUGCCGGUGCACCUAGAGCAGCCGGAUCGAGUGCAUCAUACCCCGGUGUAACUGGUUCGGCCGCUGUAUCGGAGUGAUCGGAACCGCGGACAGGCAAACAUGUCGAAGCAGCAGGGCAAGUACGAGCUGCUGAAGGAGGAUACGAAGCUGAGGCGGCAACAUACGUACAUACAGAGCUGCCUGCUGGUCGCGCUCUGUGCCAUGUCCAGCCUGACGGUGUACGCGACCUGGACGAUGAUCUAUCGGCAGAAUCUGAUUAUACCACCGGCUCUUUUAGAUGUCUCGCUUCACUGGCGAAAUCGACUCGUACUGUAUGAGGAAGCGCUGCGCCAAACGCUCCGACAGCAGCAGCAGCAGCAGCAGCAGCAGCAGCAGCCGGGGCCGCUGCCAAACGGUCAGGACAGUGUGCCGCCGCCGCCGCCCGAAACAAUCGUGCGAAGCAUUUACGCGACGGACGGUUCCACCGUGCUGCCGGGCCGUCUGUUCGGCCUGGCCAACGAUUCCCGGCCGAAGCCGGCCGAGCCGGUGCGCGUCAAGCAGCUGGACAGUGAGCGCAUCUUCCCGUCGCGCUUUGGCAACUACAUCUACUCGAAGGAGGCGAUGAAUGGGCUGCCGCCCAGCCCGAAGAUCGUGUGCUACUACACGACGCCCGAUCUGCAGGCGCGCGGCGCCACCGGGCAAGCGCUCCGGCACAUACUGCAGCCGGAGCAGAUCGAUCCGCACCUCUGCACCCACCUGAACAUCGGCAUCAUCGACAUCGUCAACAACACGCUGUUCAUCGACGAUAACGUGCGGGAGGCGCUGGUGCGCACGAGGCAGCUGCGGCGCGCCAACCCCGCCCUGCGCAUACUGCUGUGGGUCGGGGGGGCGAGCGUCGGCGGCUUCGCCACGAUGGUGGAGAACCACGCAACGCGCAAGCUGUUCAUCCAGUCGGUGAAGGCGACACUCGAGCGGUACCAGCUCGACGGGGUCGACCUCGACUGGGAGUUCCCGGACAGUGGCGGCAAGCGGCGGAUGCACUUUUCCCAGCUGCUGCACGAGAUACGGCGCGAGUACCAGCGGGAGCACCGGACGUACAUACUGAGCGUGGCGGUGGCGCCCCAGGAAACGAUCGCGUACAUGGCGUACGAUGUGGGCGAAAUCAACAGCUACGCAGACUACGUCAACCUAAUGACGUACGAUUACCACUUCUACUCGUCGGACGUGCCACAGACGGGUCUUAAUGCGCCGCUGUACCGGCGGGCGAACGAACAGUCCCUGCUCGGCACGCUCAACAUCAACACCUCCGUGCACUACUGGCUGUCGGCGGGGCUGGACAAAAGCAAGCUGAUACUCGGCCUGCCGACCUACGGCCACUCCUUCACGCUCGUCAACCCGUUCAACACGCGGAUCGGUGCGCCGGCGUCCAGCUACGGCCGGGUCGGCACGUUCGGCUUCGCCUCGUACUCGGAGACCUGCUGGUUCCGCCGGUACAACAUCUACGUCCACCAGGUGUACGAUGUGGAGAGCUGCUCGCCCUACCUGUACGCGGGCAGCGAGUGGAUCUCGUACGAGGACGAGCGCAGCCUCGAGUGCAAGGCGAAGUACAUCAAGGCGCACGGGUUCGGCGGCGCGAUGAUCUUCUCCCUCAACACGGACGAUUUCGGCUCGUACUGUGCGGACAAUGCGCUCUACCGGGACCGGACUGUCGUCGGCGACCAGCAGCAGCAGCAGCAGCAGCAGCAGCAGGGCAGCUUCCCCUUGCUGCGAAAGGUACGCUCGGUGCUGGUGGACGGUGCCGGUGCGAACAGAACGGUCCCGCAAUCGUCGUCCCACCCGCAAACCGCUGAGCAGCAGCAGCGCAUCGCACCGAUGGCCACCGUUGCAGCGCCACCGGCCAACGUGGGCGACCACCGGUGAACCGCCGUCGGCCGCUGCUAGCCCCAUUUAAUCGCGUUACGCGACACGCGUCGCCUAUGUGUACAGUACGAUGACGUAUAAUGUUGCUGCUAAGGUAGUACCAGACAGGAAGCACCUGAAGUGCCGCGUGCCCGCAGUAAUUGGCGCGUGUGCGAGCGCGCGCGUAAGCGUAUCGUAUGCUCUUGAUUUACCUUUUGCUAUUACAUAUUACUUUUCAGGCUGUAGCGCUCUACUUUUAUUUGUUUGUUCUUGUUGCGUGCGUUUCUUUCGUUUUCCUUUCCCUCGGCCGUUUUCCCGUUCGGUGGAAGAGUCAGAGCCAAACCACGUUCAGCGCUGUGCUUCCGGUGGUGUUUGCUGAAAACCGCGUGUAGAAAUCAGACGUACGAUUGCGAUUACACUCUUAAAUUCUAGUCAAGCCAGGACAAAUUAUAGAUGCGAUGGUAGCUCGAACGAAAUGAAAAAAGCCAAGAAGGAGCGGUUUUUUUUAAACUUUAUAUAUUGCAAUCGUAGUUUUAACCGAAUCCUGAUAAUUGAAAAAAGGCCUUGCGUGAGAAGAAAAGGGGUUUAUUAUCGUUAUUAUGUUUAUUUUUUGCCCCAACCCACCUACUUCCCCGGUGCUGAUAUGUUGGUACGAAACAAUACAGGGUUUUCCAGCGGUUCUCAUAGUUGUGGGACACUUUCUAGACUCUUUCCUAUUGGAAGUGAACUUCAUAUGUUGGAAAUUCGACUCUAUGGCACCCUUUUUGGACAGGCUCAUUGGAAAUUCCUAUUGGAUUUGUCCAACAAGGGUGCUAGAGAGUCCAAUUCCCAUUACAAUAAGUUCAUUUCAUGUAAGUAAUAGUCAAUAAAGUUUCCUACAGCUAUGAGAACUCCUGGAAAACCCUGUUAUGUGCACGUUUUUGUAAAUUGAAAGCGAACAAGCAAUUGGGGCGAUGUAGAUAGCAACGAAUAAGAAAAAAAAUGUUUUCCUUUUCUGCAUCAUUCGAUUACUAUGUAACUUAGCGAUAUUAUUGUUGUUUACUGCCUUUAUUUUUCUUGCAUUCCUCGCUCUCAUUACCAAACCCCCCAGUAUGGAGCGGAAAAAAACGCCUGAGGGAUCUAUUCCUAUUCCUAUAAUCAUUCCGGUGUUUUGCGUUAUUUUUGUUGUUCGUAUGUUCUUUACAUGUUAAGCGAAUGUAGCGAAUAGAUAGGCCAUCCCUGCAUUGAUGGAGGCGCAAACCUGUCGCAUUUGCAUUUUGUCGAUUUUAAAAACCUAGACCGACCUCAAUCGGGUUGGCCAAAGGAUUACCAGUAUGAACCUACACACACACACACACACACACACCCACACACAAUUCCAAACUAGAUGAACAAAAAAAACACACACCACAAACGAUCGAUUAUCAAGUGUACCAAUUAAUUGUCUUCCAGCUAAGCAAAACAAAACGAGAAGCGAAACACAACAAGGCCUGCAUUAUAGUUUUUGAUUUUGCGCUGUCCGGAUCGUGUUUUUUUUUUCACGCAAGUGAUCUAUUUUGUUUGAUUUUGGUGGGGUUUUCCAUAAAACGUACAUAUUGAGGCUAUAAAUGUUAGCGUAACGGUAAAGGGAUUUUAUGUGUGCGCAUACGAACUGGGAAAGAAGAUAUGGUCCAUAAUUAGGAGAAGAAAAGGCAAAACGUGCGGUAAAACAGGCGGCAAAGUGCGGUAGGAAAUGUUUCGAGUAGAGCAGCUAACGAAAAUAGCCUUCCUCGAGCUUCGUGUAAGCUUCAUAUAGAGUAAACAAAAAAAAAAAACACAUACAAACCGAAACAAAAAUGUGCCUCUAAUUAGAUGCGCUCGCCGCUGCGUUAUUUUAGAUAAAGGUUAGCUAAUUUAUUUGUUUAAUCGUUCGUUUUUCGUUUUCAACAUGUUUUGUAUUUUUUAAAUAUUAAUUUAUUGUUACCCGAAAGAGAUAGAGAAAGUGAAAGAGAAAGAAAGAGAGAGAGAGGGAGAGAGAGAGAGAGAGAAAGAGAAAGAGAAAGAGAAAGAGAGAGCAGCUGCAGCAUUUUAGAGCAAAAGAGUUCUGCGCUAGUAGUGUUACCUGUUACACGCAAUAGUCGCACUCUGUUCUUUUUUAUACGGAAAUAUAUAUAUCUAUAUAUAUUACUAAAUGAAAACUAAAAAAACGAACAACUAUAAA